GGAGGAGGAGGAGGGACUCGGCGGGAGGAUGGGCUUGCUCUCAAUUUUGCGCAAAUUGAAAAGUGCACCAGACCAGGAGGUGAGAAUCCUUCUCCUGGGCUUGGAUAAUGCUGGCAAGACUACUCUCCUGAAGCAGCUCGCGUCUGAAGACAUCAGCCACAUUACACCUACACAGGGUUUUAACAUCAAAAGUGUACAGUCACAAGGUUUUAAACUGAAUGUAUGGGACAUUGGUGGACAGCGAAAAAUCAGACCAUACUGGAGGAAUUAUUUUGAAAAUACUGAUAUUCUUAUAUAUGUAAUUGACAGUGCAGACAGAAAAAGAUUUGAGGAGACGGGUCAGGAACUGGCUGAAUUACUGGAGGAGGAAAAACUAAGUUGCGUGCCAGUGCUCAUCUUUGCUAACAAGCAGGAUUUGCUCACGGCAGCCCCUGCCUCUGAAAUUGCAGAAGGACUGAAUCUGCACACCAUCCGAGACCGCGUCUGGCAGAUCCAGUCCUGCUCGGCUCUCACAGGCGAGGGCGUUCAGGACGGCAUGAACUGGGUCUGCAAAAAUGUCAAUGCAAAGAAGAAAUAAAAUCUAGACGAAUGGAGACGCGGGAGCUGCGGGGAGCUGAGUUCUGUCCUGAAAAACACUAAUUUGCUGCUUUCUGACCAAAUGUUUUUCCAUCUGUGUACAGCUACAGCUGUUUGAAGAGAGGGACCAACACAGUUUAAAAAGAAUCCCCAUUCCAGCAGUAGAUUUAACUGAUCUCUGAGGUUCAGUAUCAUUUUUCAAAUAAAGGAAUUAUAUUAUUUCCUCUGCAUAA